AUGAGAUGCCAGAACUUGCUGAAUGGGUUGUGCUACCUAAUUGCCAUUCCUUUCCAAGUCUUGAAGAAAUCAAUUGCAUCGAUUGUCCCAAUCUCCAUGUGAUGCCCUUGUCGGAGGUAUCUUGCACCAAUUUGCGCAGACUUGAAGUUUGUGACUGCCCCAAGAUGUCUCUGCCCUCCAUGCCUCACACCUCCACACUGACAGAUUUGGAGGUUAAUAGAUGUGAUUCAGAAUGGUUGUGUUAUGAUGGAAAGAAAUUGGUUGUUAGAGAGUAUGGCGGUGCUUUGGCCUCCCACAAUCUGGAUAAAGUAGAAGAUAUUGAUAUUGCAAAUGCAUCGUGCAUAUCAUUGACAGACAUCGCAAAGCUUAAAUCCCUAACAAACCUGACUAUCGAAAGAUGCGACGGUUUGUUCCGUCAAGAACUGGAUGGCAGUAUUGUCUUCCAUUCAGUUAAGAGUCUCAAAUUAGAUGUAUCUCAUCUUGCCAGCAAAUCAUCAUCUUCAAAAGUGUUAAACUGUUUCCCAGCUCUCUCUGUGUUGGUGAUAGUUGGCUAUGAGAAAUGUGUAAUGCAGUUCCCAUCAUCCAGCUCACUGCAGGAACUUACCUUAAAAAAGUGUAAGGGCCUGGUUCUUGUGCCAAUAGAGAAUGGAGGAGGAAUUCAGGAGGGCAACUCAUUGCUCCAAUCAUUAACAAUAGAGGACUGUGGCAAACUGUUCUGUCGGUGGCCCAUGGGCAUGGGAGAAUCAGAGACCAUUUACCCUUUCCCUGCUUCCCUGAGGGUACUUGAUGUUGACAAAGAGCCAAGCAUGAAGUCAAUGGCUCUGCUCUCAAACCUCACAUCUCUCACCACUCUAAGGCUAAAAGAGUGCAGUAAUUUAACAGUGGACGGAUUCAAUCCUCUCAUCGCAGCCAACCUCAUACAACUGGAAGUGAGUAGGUGCAACACCUUUGCAGCAGAUAUGCUCUCAGAGGUGGCCUCUCAGAGGGCCAAAUUAUUAUUGCCUGCGGGUUACAUCUCUAGAUUGGAGAAACUCAAUGUGGAUAACAUCUGUGGAUUGCUUGUUGCUCCUAUUUGCAACCUCCUCGCCCCGGCCCUCCACACACUUGUAUUCGAGGAUAAUAGGAUCAUGGAAAGCUUCACGGAGGAGCAAGAGAAAGCGCUGCAGCUCCUCACCUCCCUCCAGAAUCUAACAUUUUUCAGAUGCAGUGUUCUGCAGUCCCUUCCUCAAGGGUUGCAUCGCCUUUCUUCUCUCAAGGAGUUACGUGUCCUUUGGUGUGUAGAAAUCCGAUCCAUGCCCAAGGAGGGCCUCCCGGUUUCGCUGAGAGAACUACAUAUGAUUGGUUCCAGCGCUGAGGUAAACAAGCAAAUUGAGAAAAUCAAAAGAACCAACCCAGAUUUAUCCGUCAUGGAUAAGUACACCAAAGACUAGCAGGUUCCACUCCCACCACUGUUGCAAUCAAUCUUUUAUGCACACAUUAAUCAGCAGAUGCGAGAUACAACCGACUCUUCAUUCUGCAACGCUACGCUAGCUGUUAACUCUUCAUUCUGCUACAUGAUCGAUAUUUCUCUGCAACUCAACUCAAUCUGCCGGUUAUGGUUAGUACCUCCAGAACCAAA